AUGAGAGGGCAUGACGAUAGUGGGCCUAUUUCUAACUGUGAAAAAGAUAACAAUGACUGUAACUUUCGAUGUUUGUUAAGUUUCCGAGCAUUAAGUGGGGAUUUAACACUAAAAAUUCAUUUGAUGAAUUUGGGAAAAUCGGCUUAUAUUAGUCCAAUAAUUAAAAAUGAAAUAUUACAAAAAUAUGCGGCUCUCUUGACUCUUAUUCAAAAAGAAAUUUUGUUGAAGAUAAACCAAGCAAAUUUCCUUACUAUUUUGGCAGAUGAAACCUAUGAUAUAAUAAUAUACCUUAUCGAACAAAUGUCUUUGUGUGUAAGAUAUAUUAAUGAUGGCUGUAUUAGAGAAAUUCAAAAUUAG